AUGGGCGUAAUCCGGAAGAAGACCGCCACGCGCGGUACGGACGGUGGUACUAAAUACCAUUGCGAUGUCUGCUCUGUCGACAUCACGUCGACGGUUCGGAUAUCAUGCGCCCACCCGUCCUGUCCUGAAUACGACCUAUGCGUGCCUUGUUUUGCGGCUGGCGAAUCUUCCAAGACCCAUGACCCUCGAACACAUCCAUUCCACGUCAUUGAGCAGAAUUCGGUACCAAUAUACACAGAAGAUUGGGGUGCCGAUGAAGAGCUUCUCUUGCUUGAGGGAGCUGAAAUCUACGGUCUAGGUUCUUGGGCCGAUAUUGCGGACCAUAUAGGAGGCUAUCGUUCGAAAGAGGAGGUGCGCGAUCACUAUAUCGAUACGUACAUCAAUAGUCCAAACUUUCCUUUACCAGCUCGCGCCGAUCCAGAAGAUAGGACGCUUCAAGAUGAGAUAUCCAAAGAAGAGUUCCAAGCUCGCAAGAAGCGGCGCAUCGAAGAGCGCAAGGAAGCCGCUAAAGCUGCACCACCUGCUACACCAAAACAGAAACCAACUGCCAGUGUUCCUUCAUGUCACGAAGUGCAGGGUUACAUGCCGGGACGUCUUGAGUUUGAGACCGAGUUUUGUAACGAGGCAGAAGAAGCUGUGCAACAUAUGCAAUUUGAACCAGGAAAUGGUCUCAAUGCAAACGGGGAAAUGGAACCUGAGAUGGAACUGAAGAUGACCGUGAUGGAAAUCUACAAUUCGCGAUUGACACAGCGAACGGAAAGAAAGAAGAUCCUAUUUGAGCACAAUCUACUUGAAUAUCGCAAGAAUAUUGCUCAGGAGAAGAAGCGAACAAAAGAAGAGAAGGAAGUGUUGAACAAGGCGAAACCUUUCGCUCGCAUGAUGAACCACGAAGACUUUGAGGAAUUUAGUAAAGGUCUUGAGUAUGAGCACAAUUUGCGAUUGGCGAUAGCACAACUACAAGAAUGGCGCCAGUACGGCAUCACCGACCUGAAGAGUGGGGAGAAGUAUGAGCAAGAAAAGCAGCAGAGAGCUCAAAGAGCCAUUCCACAAGGCUCGUUUGAUCGGUUUGCUACAUCCACUCGUCCUUCGAAACAGGUCCAACAGCCCGAGGGACCGUCUCAAGCAAGCUUGCUCACUACCCCGGAACUACCGUUACGAUUCCAAAAAACUGCGAAGCCUGCGGCACCCGAAGCCAAUCCACCACUUAAUGAUUUCGAUCUCGCCUUUGCCGCUAAUGGCGACGGAUUAAGUACUCCUCAACCAGCAACGAAGACGAAAUACGUCGUGCAACCAGUGAGUGGGAUUAACCCAUGGAAAUUAGAGAAUGAGGGCGCACCCGAUCUUCAUCUUUUGACCAAAGAGGAAGUCGAGCUUUGCAAUUCGGUCCAUGUGCAACCCAAACCGUACCUAGUCAUUAAAGAAGCUCUGUUGAAAGAAGCAAUGAAGCAAAAUGGCACGCUGAAGAAGAAAGAUGCUCGAACUAUCUGCAAGAUCGACGCUGCAAAAGCAGGGCGAAUAUUCGACUUCAUGGUACACAGCGGUUGGAUCAUCAAGGGUUGA